UGAGAUUUUUCCUUCGUUUUUUUGCUAUUUCGUAGCCUCCUUUGUUUUUACAUGAUGGCAUGGGGAUGUUGAACCUUCUGCCGGUAGCGCGUAGCGAUGGCGAGUGACGACUGACGACUCGCACUAAAAGCCCACGACUCGCACAACUGCAAAAUCACGCAGACAGCUGAGACGCUCUCGACGACUUCACCCCCGAGCCCAUGGCGACGGGCACCCGCCGGCCCUGGUGGGCGCCGCCGCCGUCCACGGUGACGGCACCCCCCUCGGCCCCGCCUUUCCCCUCACCGCCGUCGUCGUUCACGGCCGACCCGCCGGAGGAGUUCCUCUGCCCGAUCUCCGGCUCGCUGAUGGCGGACCCGGUCGUCGUCCCGCCGGGCCAGACUUUUGAGCGCGCCUGCAUCCAGGUCUGCGCCGCGCUCGCCUUCUCCCCGCCCGCCGUCGCCGCCGACCUCGCCGCGUCAGUCUCCUCCUCGUCCCCGCUCGUGCUCGUCCCCAACGUCGCGCUCCGCACCGCCAUCCUCAACUGGUGCGACCGGCUCGGGCUGCCGCACCCGGCCCCGCUGUCGCCGGACACCGCCCACGACAUCGUCUGCCGCCUCAUGCCGCCUCAGCGCGAGGACCAGAGCUCGAAGCCGCAGCAGCGGCCACAGGUCGCCUCCUCGGUCCGGUUUAGGAGGCAGAGCGUCGACGGCUUCGCGCAGGAGCCCAGCCCCAGGCAGAGGGGCGACGCUCUGGAGGAGGAGAUCAUGGCCGUGCUCGGGGCGGAGGGCGCCACCCCCGCGGAGCAGGCGUCGGCGAUGGCGUCGCUGCGGCAGGCGACGCGGGAGAACAGGGAGGUCAGGAGGCAGCUCUGCACGCCGCGCCUCCUCGCGGCGCUGCGCCCGAUGCUGCUCUCGGCCGACGCCGGCGUGCAGUCCAACGCGGCGGCCGCGAUGGUCAACCUGUCGCUGGAGCCCGAGAACAAGGUGCGGAUCGUGCGAUCCGGGGCGGUGUCGCCCCUCGUCGACGUGCUCCGCGGCGGCCACCCGGAGGCGCGCGACCACGCCGCGGGCGCCAUGUACAGCCUUGCCGUGGAGGACGAGAACCGCGCGGCCAUCGGCGUGCUCGGCGCCAUCCCGCCGCUGCUGGAGCUCUUCGCGGGCGCGGCCGGCGCCGCCGCCGCCGGCUACCGCGCGCGGCGCGAGGCCGGGAUGGCGCUGUACCACGUCUCCCUCUCCGGGAUGAACCGGUCCAAGAUCGCGCGCGCGCCGGGCGCCGUGCGGACGCUGCUCGCGGCGGCGGAGGCGCGGGACCGCAGCAACGAGGCCGACGCCGCCGCGCUGCGGAGGCUGGCCGUCAUGAUCCUGGCGAACCUGGCCGGCUGCCCCGACGGGCGCGCCGCACUGAUGGACGGCGGCGCGGUGGCCGCGGUCGUCGGGCUGAUGCGCAACGGCUCCGCCGCGCCGGGGAGCGCGGAGGAGGAGUACUGCAUAUCAACGCUGUACGGGAUGAGCCGGGGCAGCAUGAGGUUCCGGGGCCUCGCGCGCGCGGCGGGCGUCGAGGCCGCACUGCAGCCGGUGGCCGAGGGCGGUGGCGGCGUGGGGCGGGACAUGGCGCGGCGCACGCUCCGGGCCAUGCGCGGGGAGGACGACGAGGCGCCGGUCACGGCCACCGGGCUGCUCGGCCGGCAGUGGGACGACGGGAGCGUCGUGUCGGAGGGGCUCGUGUCCAUCCGGCGGCCGCCGCACCGGAGCAAUUACGCCGGGCCGUCCGGGUCAAACACGACCCAGUUCUGAAAAGUCAAAGUCUUCGUUUCUGCACUCUGUCUUGCUCCUUGUUGCGUGAAGUCUUUGGAAGUCUAUUUGGCAUUUUGGCUACCAUAACAGAAAAAUAUGGUAUGGUCCUUGUGUUGUAUAAACUGUAAGGUUGAUUCUUUUGUUUGAACUGAAAUGUAACUUUAUUUGAUUUGUGCAGUUUUUGGGAUUAUGUCAAAGUGUAAUUGAGAAUAGAGAAAAGAUUUUAUUAUGGUCCUGUGAUUCUAAUAUGGAAUUGACCUUAUGCAAAUUUAAGCCC